AUGUCGGCGUUCCGGAGCGAGGCGCAUCGUGCCAUGUUUUUGCGCAUGAUCGCGCUCCAGCUGCGCUGCAAUAUCUUACGCCGCUUCGGCGGCGUGCGCCAGGAGGAGUGCCGCGUUCUGCGCUCGAGCUCGGCGCGCCGGCUGCUGAUGCACUGGGCGUCGGACAUUGUGGAUCGCUUGCCGAGCGAUUCCGUAUCGCAACCGUCCUUCGUGGCGCGCGAGUCCGCCAGCGUGCCGGCGCGUGUGCUGCGCCACCCGGCUGUCGAGCCCCUGCUCCGCGAGGACGCCGGACUGCGCUGGCUGGUCUCACGUCUGGAGAGCGACGACGCACUUGUGCCCAAGCCUUACUUCCCGUCGGUGCUGCGCUACAACCUGCCGCAGUUCCCCUUCAAGCCGUACGAGAUCAACAAGGCGAGGCACCUGUACGGGCUGCUGAAGUUCCCCUUCUACCGCCUGACGGCGGACGUCAACCGCUGCCCCAGCGAGAAGUUCAGCGGACUGCAGGAGCCAGUGAUGCCGAACGAGUGCACGCUGCCCGGGGAGCACAACAUCGCAUCGGAGUUCGUCUACCAGGACGGCGGCGCGUUGGGCAGCGUGGAUUACAUCUACGCGCCCAGCGAAGUGGAGACGGGCCUCGCCGGCAGGGUCAUCUAG